AGCUAUGUAUCCUGCUGUGGGUACUCAACAUCGGAGUAUGGUCGGAGAUCAGCCUUACAAGAAGAAGAGGCAUUCUUGAAAACCCUUCAACGUCCUUCAUUCACAUACGCAGUGUGCCAGCAGCCGUAGCUCGCAUCGAUUACCCUCAUCAUCCAUUUUAUAUCAUCCCUUCCGAGAACUGACAAUAUCGGAGUCGAAAAAGAGUUCUGUGACCUAACUACGCCAUGGGGAACUUUCAGACGGUCUUGUCGUCUCUUUUCUGGAUCGGCACUGCUAUCACCAUACAGUACAUGCUUACAGGACCUCUCCCGAUACUCUUCGACAUCUUAUCCAACAAGAUGCCAGAUAUUCUGUCCUCGCUUCCUCCGUCGCCGGGAUGGGCCCCCUUUUGGCGCAGAUUGUUCCACUCAGCUCCACCAGCGUUCAGUGUCUGGUUCUGCGUCCGGAUGGCUGGGCUUAGCUACAGCAUAGUCAUCGCACUGAUGGGGUACGCAUUGAUUGGGGCUGUCGAUAUAGGCAGACUAUUGUUGUGUCCAUGUACACUGCGGCUAUCUUCUAUGUUCUUUCCUUCAGACCUAGACGGUCAGACCUGACAAACACAGAUAACGAGGUAGAAGCUGGUGCAAGUGAGAAGGAGUGAUCG